AUGGAUGCGAUUGGAGUUGUAGAGCAACUUUCAUUAAUAAAAGCCAAAAAAUGGGAGGUUCGUAAGAUAUCAGAUGAACAUUCUUGUUCAUCCCCUGUUAUCACACAAGAUCAUGUCAACCUUGGCUAUGUAUAUAUUAGCAAAAAUAUUCUUGCAUUGGUGGAGAGUGAUCCAUCAAUUUCAAUUCCAACAAUAAUAGCACGCAUCAAAAGUGUUGAAGGGUACACAAUCUCAUAUCGCAAAGCAUGGAUGGCAAAGCAAAAGGCAAUUGAAGACUUACAUGGAAAUUGGGAACAAUCUUACCAUGAUUUACCCAAGUUGCUCAAUUCCAUGACAAUAUUUCUUAAUGGAUUUGUUAUUGAGAAGCAAACAAGGCCACUAUACAACCAACAAGGUGAGAUGGUUCAUGAUUAUGUUCAAUUCCAUAGAGUAUUUUGGAUAUUUAAACCUUGUAUCAAUGGGUUAAAAUACUGUAAGCCCAUUGUUCAAGUUGAUGGCACAUUCUUGUAUGGAAAAUACAAAGGAACUCUCCUCGUGGUCGUGGCUCAAGAUGGUAACAACAAAAUCUUUCCAAUUGUCUUUGCCAUUGUUGAGGGUGAAACAACAGAUGCAUGA